UUCUUAUAUGGUAUUCUACGUCCGGAUGAUCGACGUGAGAUGCGAGACACGAUGAUUUGUACGAAACUAUGAUGAAUAUUGUUUACGAAUAAAUAUUACAAGGGGGAGCUUGGCGGAUGUUCUUCGCGAAGAAUCUGAAGCUGUAGAGACAUUUCAGCUGGCUCAGGGGAUUGGUAGAAUGAAAAUGGAAAAAGAGAAGGAAAAUAAUAUCGGAAAGAUUGACGAUGAAUGGUGAUGGACUCUCAAUAGGAAUCGAUACGAUACUCGGUGAUUAAGGGUUGCUCGCGUAAGCUGGCGGGUGUUUAAGCGUGUGUAAUGCAUAACUAACCAUCGGCACUCGGUAAUAAUAAGAUACGGUAUAAGCAACAGAAAAAGUGAGGAAUUGUAGUGAGUGCAGGUAUAAAAUGUUGGGAACUUGUAACGACGACGAUGACGCCGAAGAUGUGGAGAGCAACAGAGAAAACACAGCAAAAUGUCGCGAAUCUGUGGAAGGAUUGUGGUUAACGAGGAUAGACAACGACGUGAAUUCAUUGUCUGCAAUUAUAGACGUCGGAUCGUCCCUACGGGAGAAAAUAAACGGCGAUCAUGUAUACGAGAAAGAAGUACAGGUGACAGAACAGCAGUUGCAAGGCCACGAACGCGUUUGAACGUUAAUUUCGCGAAUAUUGUAAUAUAAAUAAAAUUGCAAUAAUAUAUAUAUAUAUAUAUAUAUAUAUAUUUAAUAUAUAUGUUUAGUCGCUAAUUGAAAUAUAGAACGAUGCUAACAAUGAUAUACACCAGAAAGAAAUGUAGGUGACAAAUAACUAUCUGCGACGUAUUAAAAUAAAACAAUUAUAGUAAUAACAACAGCAACAGCAAGAAUAACAAAAACAAAAAUAAUAAUAACUACAAUACUAUACCCUACGCGUGUAUAUUUAAAAAGAAACGUGGAGUUUGCGCUAAAUGCAGUUUGUCGCGCUUAAAAUAAAUAUAUAGGUGUAUAUAUUAUAUAUUAUAUAUACACACGUUUGAAAAGUUACCCAAAUGAGAAAAUGGUUUAAGAUUUAUUAGCUCCGUGAUUGCUAAGAUCUUAAACCGCGACAACAACUGAAGAUUCAAGGGUUGAAGGAUGCCAGGGGGUCGUAGGGGCCUCGUAGCCCCGCAAAAUACAUUUUUAGAAAACAUCAUUCGAAGGAGCAGCAGCCAACCUGACAGCAGUUUCCUCCUAGCAAAUGCCCAGAUAGUGGAUUUUCCAAUUGUCUACUGCAACGAGAGCUUUUGCAAAAUUUCCGGCUACAAUAGAGCAGAGGUGAUGCAAAAGUCAUGUCGUUGCGCUUUUAUGUACGGCGAACUGACCGACAAGGAGACGAUAUCCCGGAUCGAGGAGUGUCUGGAAGGGCAGAUACACGACCAGUUUGAAAUUCUACUUUACAAGAAAAACAGUACCCCACGAGAGACACCGCUAUGGCUUUUACUGCAAAUCGCACCAAUCAAGAACGAACGAGAUCUGGUCGUCCUGUUUCUUCUGACAUUUCGGGAUAUCACCGCGCUCAAACAACCCAUAGAAACGGACGACACCAAGGGUGGAUUAUCAAAGUUUGCAAAGCUCGCACGCUCCGUCACCAGGUCCAGAUCUGUUCUUGUUUCACAGUUCAGUUCGCAUCUACCUGUCCUCAAAGAUACAGCACUGCCAACUACAGCCAAGCAAUCACACUUGGCACAUAUGAUGUCCCUCAGUGGUGAUGUCAUGCCUCAGUAUCGCCAAGAAGCUCCUAAAACACCUCCACACAUUUUGCUACAUUACUGCGCCUUUAAAGCUAUCUGGGAUUGGAUCAUUCUUUGUCUCACAUUCUAUACUGCGAUCAUGGUUCCAUACAACGUUGCAUUCAAGAACAAAACCAGUGAGGAUGUUUCCCUGCUGGUUGUCGAUAGUAUAGUUGAUGUCAUUUUCUUUAUUGAUAUCGUUUUGAAUUUUCAUACAACAUUCGUCGGUGCUGGUGGUGAGGUGGUCUCGGAUCCGAAGGUAAUACGGAUGAAUUAUUUGAAGUCAUGGUUCAUAAUAGAUUUGCUAAGCUGUUUACCUUACGACGUAUUCAACGCAUUUGACCACGACGAAGAUGGGAUAGGCAGCUUGUUUUCUGCCCUGAAAGUUGUGCGGCUCUUGCGAUUAGGACGUGUUGUGAGGAAACUUGAUCGUUACUUGGAGUACGGAGCAGCAAUGCUAAUUUUGCUACUCUGUUUUUACAUGCUGGUUGCCCAUUGGCUCGCCUGCAUUUGGUACGUCACUUUAAGGUAUUCUAUAGGCAGAUCCGAUGCUGACGCUGGUGUGCAAUAUUCCUGGCUGUGGAAACUGGCUAAUGUUACACAGUCACCGUACAGCUAUUUGUGGUCGAAUGCAAGCGCUACACCUGAAUUAAUAGCUGGUCCUGCAAGACGUACAAUGUACGUUACUGCCUUGUACUUCACAAUGACCUGCAUGACGUCAGUGGGAUUUGGAAAUGUCGCAGCAGAAACUGACAACGAGAAAAUUUUCACCAUUUGCAUGAUGAUCAUCGCUGCUCUUUUGUAUGCUACAAUAUUUGGGCAUGUAACGACUAUAAUCCAGCAGAUGACGUCGGCAACGGCAAAGUAUCACGAUAUGUUAAACAACGUUAGGGAAUUCAUGAAACUUCACGAGGUACCGAAAGCGCUUAGCGAACGAGUUAUGGACUACGUUGUCAGCACAUGGGCCAUGACCAAAGGGCUUGACACUGAUAAGGUUCUUAAUUACUGUCCCAAGGAUAUGAAGGCAGAUAUUUGCGUACAUUUAAAUAGAAAGGUCUUCAACGAACAUCCAGCCUUCAGACUGGCCUCUGAUGGCUGUUUAAGAGCUCUCGCUAUGCACUUCACGAUGUCACAUAGUGCACCAGGGGACCUGUUGUACCAUACUGGCGAAUCCAUAGACUCUCUAUGCUUCAUCGUAACCGGGAGCCUGGAGGUGAUACAGGAUGAUGAGGUAGUCGCGAUUCUCGGGAAAGGAGACGUCUUUGGCGACAGCUUCUGGAAAGAUUCCGCUAUCGGGCAGAGCGCAGCCAACGUUAGAGCUUUGACAUACUGCGAUCUCCACACCAUCAAACGUGACAGACUGCUGGAGGUCCUGGAUUUUUACCAAGCGUUUGCAAAUUCGUUUGCUCGUAAUCUUGUUCUUACCUACAACCUUCGUCAUCGGCUGAUCUUCCGAAAGGUGGCUGAUGUACGACGUGAGAAAGAACUCGCUGAACGUAGGAAAAAUGAACCACAGUUGGACCAAACACAGGAUCAUCUUGUACGAAAGAUUUUUUCAAGAUUCAAGACGGAUGGAGAACCCCUAAUGACAAAGAUCGUGACCUGUCAUCAUCAGGAUUCUGACGAGGAGCUCACUGUCAACGUUCUACCACCAUGGCCCAGUUUUAGAUUCCGCCGAGAGAGACAUAACACAGAUGUUGAAAAAGCAGACAACAAAGAAAAUAAGGAUGGGGAAUCCUUGCAUUCCAGAAAAAUGUCAUCGAGUGAUGAGAACAAUGCUAAUCGUACACGACCUAGCAAGUGGGGCCGUUUACUAGGCAGUUCUAGUCUAGACUCUAGUAAUGAAACAGGCAUGAAUGAUACUUUCAAACGUUCUCUAAGCGCCAGAGAUUCAAGACCAAGCUCAAGUGCAAGUACUAAUAAAGUUUUUCCAAAGCUAGCUAAGCUAGGGAGUACUGGUGCAACUAUCGAGGAAGUCAGUGAUACAGAAAAUUUGAAAGAAUCGACACAUGUACAAAAUUUAAGUGCAGAUUCAAAACAAUUAAGUCUCAGAAGACUGGAAAGUUAUGACGGAGGUCUGAUAUCACAACCGCAUAAUGACAGGGAGAUUUUAGCUGCUGUUUUAGAAGUUAAGGUUGAUUUAAAGUUGGAAGUUCAAAGAGUUAAUCAGAGAUUAGCAAAGAUAGAAGACAUGUUACAGACUUUGAUGAAUCGUGUCUCUGUUAGUAGCACACCAAUGACUGUAGUUCCUGCGCAUAAUCAAAAUAAUUCUACUUCAACUCAUUUGCAGAGCGCGAGUUCUGCAACACAAGGCGAUAGUACAGAACAAAAGUCUGUAGAUUCUAACAAAGAGCAAUCAUGCGAUCGUUUGAAAUUUCAAGAAUAUACGCAAUCGCAUUCUGAUCGUUCUAAAGAAGUUUCAGAUAGACUUAUGAGCUGUCCUAGUGAAUAUAAAGCCCCUAAAGAAGUUAGCAAAGAGUUGCUCGAACGUUUAGCCCAGGCCUCAACCUCUCGGGAUGACGUGAAUCCUUUGGGACCAUUAAUUUUGAGAAAACGUAGGAGCAAAUCGCGAAAUAAAGGUGCAGCUCCUCAAGCCCCUCUAGCUACACAGCCUGUGAGUCCUACGGAUGCGACUGAAACUACACAAAUGCUCGAACCUGCUGAAGAAUCUGUAACGUCAAGCGCAGAAGCACGAACGGAAAGGCUAGAGCGGACCGAAAGAUUAGAACGUAAGCGACCACCACCCAGACCUAGAGAAUAUUCAUGAAAAUUCGCUUACCAUUCUAAGAAAUUGUCAGUAAACAGCGAAAUUGCAAAAUACAUGGUCUAGUUUUUGCGCCGCAAAAUCACCUCCGAAUAUAUUUCGAUAUUUAAUCUCUGACAUAGGUUGCUUGUAUAAUAAUAAUUAUUUCAUAAUACCACCAAAUUCUAGUUGCAUUUCAGAUUUUUAUACCUUACCAUCGCAUCAAUAUUUAAUGACGUUUACGAUAUCACAUGGCACGAUUGUAAUUUUAACUUCUAUCGGAAGCUAAACUUUCAUACUCACACACAUACUGUGUAUUAGUUUAUCUGUUAACAAACUUGUACAGUCCAAGCAUAACAUUUUUCUGCAUUAUGUUAUAUCUAUUAUACUCAUCGAAUUACGUCAGUCGAUGAAUUUACAUCUUAUCUGAUGAUUAUGACUACAAUAUUAAUUUUGUGGCGCAAAAUCAGACCGGCAAAGUUUCUCAAUUGGAGAAUUAUUAUCUUGGCAAAAUGAAUGUUCAGCUUAAAAUCUUGUUAUUAUAGGAGGGCUUUAGAAUAUCCGUUUAGGCUCAGUAAAUUUGCUACUAAGUUCAAAGCAAUUAAUUUCUGAUAACACAAAUACUUAGAUUAUAUAAUAGAAUUUCAUAAUCGGUUAAAAACAGUUGAAUCUCUUUGGGGAAAUUUUAAUUUUCUCGUAAUAAUUACACUAUAUCCUGACAUACUUCAAGUUUGUGUACUAAACUUAGAUCUUUCUACAUUCAUAAAUAACCUGGAUAACCGAACUGAAGUUUAUACCGUCAAUGAUGGAUAGAUGUCGGUGUUCAAGUUAAUUUUUCGUUUUUACAACAUUUUCAUACUCAUGAACAAUACUAUUAUAUUACUUCCAUCUAAAUUCCGGAUUGAUAAAGGAUGUUUAGGAAUCGAUGAUACAUUCAAAUCUGUGGACCAAAUUGUGCAGGGUUUGCUUUUUCUCUGAAUCACUGAGAUAUGAUAAUCUGCAACUGAAGUGUAGACUUUAAGACAUAAGUGUUUGUUGUAUAAUACACUAUUGUAUAAACGGAUAAAUAUAAAGACACCCUACUUACCAUCUCAGAUUAUCAUCUCUAAUAAGCAAUAAAAAGGAAAUCUCGAAAUAUGAGGCAUGCGACCGAAUGAUAAUCAGUGUAUUAGUGUAUUACUUGGCAGCAGCUUUACGAGCAUAACUUGAUAUUCUAUAAGUCCGUUGUAGGAACUGCCUUUCAUUUGAUUUUGCUUGCUAAAUACAUCUUAUAAAUAUGACAAUGUAAUUAUGACAGACAUUAUGCAAAGUAGCUGAAGCUGCAGAAUGUGAUAUGGAGUAAGGCCACAUUUGUGCAAUAAUAGCUUGCGAUGACUUUUUCGGACAUCGAAAUGUUAAAAAUAUGGUAUAAUUUAAUUCUUAUGAUUAAUUAAGAUAUCGAAUGAGUAGUUACUCACCUUUGAAUUAUAAUUAAAUCGAACAGAAACACCUAAGAAUUCGUUAAAAACUUAUUUCUAUGUAUAUGUAUAUGUAAAUAUACAUAAGAUAUAUACAGGUGUAUAUAUAAAUAAUGCAUGUACGUAUACAUAAAAAUAAAUUAAUAAAUAAAUUUUAUUAGGAAAGUUUAUGAUACGGUCUACUAUAAGAUAUGAAAAAGUUAGGUUUUUACUCGGGAUGCCUGAGAAAUUUUUAGAAAUUUUAUAUUUGAUGCUUAGCGAUAGAUCUGCCUAAAUAACAUAAUUUAAUGAGAAACUAAAGUUAAAAGCUAAGAAAAAACUUGUUAUAGCCAGCAAGCGUGAAGCAAACCUGUUUGUCUGGUAUUGAUCAGUUGAUUGAAGUAGUUAAAACUAUUGUUGUUAUUUAGUGCUAAUGAAUGGUAAUAUCAGAGAUGUUUUGUUGUGUUAUGUCUUUUGUAAGGAGGUGUGGUUGGUUCCGUAUAAAGAAUAUAAAAAAGCAUCGUCCCUGGAACACUUAUUUUAAACAUUCUGCAACUUGACAUCAUAUGUAUGUAAAUAUCAUAAUUCAAGCUCAUGAGUUCUCUAAUUAGAAAGAAUUAGUUGUAAAUACCUUGAUUUCUCUGAUAAACCUCUCUGGUAUUAGCAUGCGUUAUUAAUACAUAUUUUCUAAUUCUGUGCAUUCUGGGUUGAUCAAAGAAGUUUAUUCAUUUUUAUUUUCUUUACGUAUUACCAGGGAACAUUGAAGCGAAAUAAAAAAUGAAACCUGUAUACUCGGCACUCCCAGUAGCCAAAUAUAGCAAUACUAGGUAUUAUAUUACAAAUAUUACAAUAUAAAUAUUAUGGGUAAAUGAAUAGUCAAAAGCAGACCUUAUCUGAACGUUUAGCGACCAAUUGGUGUAGCUGUCUAAAAACUGGUUUCAAAAUCAUAAUCCAAUCGCCUUUAUUGCUAAGCAGCCUGUAAUAUUUUAUUACAUUCCUCAACAUUGACAAGAUAUACAUAUACCUACUAUAUUUAUUACAUCGUAAACUUUGUACCAUUCUUGUAAAUUGUAAUGAAAAGUUGCAGCCAACAUUCUGCAAUACAAAGUGACAUGAAUUCUUGUUAGAUGUAUAAUUAUUACUCUACAGAGAAGCGUUUUAACAUACAACUCUGUAAUGUCCAAAUACAAUUUAAUUAUAAACAAUUUAAUGCUUAUAAUAAAUAUUUGAACUGUAAUAACAAUGGAUAUGCAUUUACAUGUGUUUAAGAAAGUCAUAUACCAUUACUCAAUUGAUAAAAGUCACUUCUGUAUUGUAUAAAAGAACCAGGUAUUUAUUAUUUUAUGUGAUAAACCAAUUCUGAAAUUGUAAUUUAAGAUCUUAUACAGCAAUAUGUUUGCUAUAUAAGAUAUGAAUUAAAAUGAUGAAACCAAGAAAAUAUAUAUAUAUAUACAUACAUAUGUAUAAUUUGUUGCAAGUUAGCAACUCUGCCGCUAUGUGAAUAUCUAAGAAAAGAAUGAAUUUAAACGAUAUCUCACAAUCAAAGCAUAGUACAAAUAUGUAAGAUAUCUGUAAUCCAUUUACGUUCUGAAGUAUGACAAAUGCAAUUAUAACAAUUGAACCUUGCGGGUCUCAUUGUUUAGGAAAAAGCGAUUGCUUACUUAAAAAAGUUUUCACUUCAAAUGAUUUCCGUCAAUCAACUAUGGAACGUGUUCUAUUUAUAAUAUUAUGAUUUUGUCACUAAAGACAAUGUCGUAAAUGGCAUGAACCUACUAUUUCCAACAUAUUUUUCUUCAACAUUUUGAAUAAUGUUAGUCAACGCUAACAAUGCAAUAAUCUAUGCGGAAUGAACAUGAACAUAGGAUUCGAACGUUAUAAAAAAAAUUCCAAAAUCUAAUUUCUUAAGUAGAAUUAAGUACCCACAUAUGUGAGAUUAUAAUUUCGCAAAAUUAUAGUAUAUAUAUAUGCAAACCAAAGAAUGUAAAUUAAAGUUGAACUUGUUUCUUAUUUUUCAUUGGUAACAAGUUGUUAAUAUGCAACGUGCGUUAAAUAUAUCUACGAUAUCUUACACACACGUAUGAUAUACAUUGUUGACAAUUGAGAGUCUUUAGUCAAUUUUUUAGUAAUUAUCAUUAAAUCUAAAGCAAGCAUGGAAUCACGAAUAUCAAUAACUAUUGCUAAAAUAAUGAAAAAAAAAAAAACUUAUGAAAAGUAUAAGAAAUUUAAAUGCAGUGCAUUUUUAUUCUACAAUUGGGGUCUUCUGAUCAAUUAACAGAAUUCCCACACAAGCCUUUCAAUGACAAACGCAUACUUGUAUAUUGAAAAUAUACUCAAAAUGAAAAAAAAAUAAUAAUAAUUCUCAAUCCAUGUUUUCCUUGUACAAAUCCUAGUACAGCUCCUCUAUGUUUACAAAAUUUUGGAGAUACGGAGGAUUUGGAGAGUUGGAAGUAUUUAGGAAGUUAUGAAUUGGUAAAUAAUUUAUUGACGAUUUGCAAAAUAAAUCGUAUAUUUCAUUUCAUAUUACAACUCUAAUUUCUCUGUAACAGUAACAAGAUUUCUUGGUAUUGAUUAUAUUCUUCAAUUCAAUAACUCGUCCGAAUUCUAACUCAGUCUGAACUAAUUCACAUUUAAUGACUAUUCGUCUCUUUUUUGUAGGACAUGAAUAUAGAAACCUGGAUUUUUGAUUUGAUCUAAUGGCUUGAAGUCACCAUAGAUGGUAUGUUUUGCAGUAUAGUGAAAAGCCUCAUUCA